AGGCUACGGUGGGGUAUCAUACCCAAUUGACCACCCCCCUUUCCCCACCGUCUCUCUGGCAUGUUGAUGAAUUUGGUGAACGGCGGACAUGGGCGGAAGGCAGGUUAAUAAAUUCCCAUGAUCCCCCUUCCUUCGCUCCACCAGACAGCCUCUGUUCCUUAGAGUCUGGCUAGUGUAUAAUUGCUCAAAACAUAGCAUCCAUUCGUGCGCGGAAAUGGUCAAACUCAAUUCCAUCUUAGCCCACCUAGCCUUCGCCCACCUCGCCGUAUCAAUCCCAACAGACUAUGGCACCACCACCACCUCCAAUAAGACCUUGAUCGGCUGUCUCGAUGCUGCCAAUGUCCCUCUAAUAUCUGCUUCGGACGCCGACUACGCCCCGGCCGUGAUGCCUUUCAACCUCCGAUUGCCAUUCUUCCCCGUUGUUGUUGUGGUGCCUACCACCGCAGAGCACGUCUCUUCCGCGGUCAAGUGCGCGGGCGCGUUCAAGACAAAAGUCGCGGCGAGAUCUGGGGGUCAUUCUUAUGCUGCGUUUGGACUUGGGGGCGCAGAUGGGAGUUUGAUGAUUGACAUGAAGAAAUUCCGGGACGUGAUUGUGGAUCCUAACACGUUUAUUGCGACGGUGGGUUCCGGGUUGAGGUUGGGAGAUGUUGCCACUAGGUUAUACAACGAUGCUAGGAGGGGCCUGCCGCAUGGAACUUGUCCUGGGUGGGUGAUUUGUUGUGAUACUGGGUUGGGUUUGAGCUGACGAGAUGCGCAGGGUCGGUAUCGCCGGACAUGCGCUCCAUGGUGGGUUUGGGUAUAUGUCGCGUAUGUGGGGGACCACGUUGGAUAAUAUUGUUGAGAUGGAGGUUGUCCUUGCAAAUGGAGAUAUUGUCACCGCUUCCAAAAGCACAAACCCGGACUUGUAUUGGGUGAGCCUCUCCUUCGCCAUCAUUGGAGGCAAAGUCUAACUAUUUCUUUAGGCACUCCGAGGCGCUGGAUCAUCAUUUGGCAUCGUGACAAACUUCAAAUUCACAACAUAUCCUGCGCCAGGCUCGGGUGUCCGCGCCUCCUGGAGUUGGACAUUAGAUGACAGCGCCAGCGACACCGUCGAGAAAAAGGUCAAGAUAUUCCAGGCCCUGCAAGACUUCUCUGAGGAAAGCGCUCCUAGUAACAUAGUUUUCGGGGUGUUCAUGACGAAUGGCUUCAUCGACGUUUCCUGCGUCUACUGGGGUCCUCGCGCAGAGUUUGACACUCUGAUUGCACCGCUGGUGGCUAGCUUCCCACAGGACGGCCUCCCGACCCCCACGAUAGCCGACUAUCCAUACAUCGAUUUACUCGUUGUCCUCGGUGGUGGGGAGCAAUUACCGCAGCCAGAGAAUUACACUAAGCACGAUACCUUCGUAAGUUUAUCACUCCCCCUCUCCUGUCCGCCCCCGAUACAUUUCAGCGCCAUCAUACUAACGACCCAGUUCACGAAAUCCAUCGUCGCCCCCACAAAAUUGACUACCAAAUCCCUGACCUCCUUCUUCACCUUCCUCGGCGAACGGGGGGUCGAGCCCUCGCUCUCCUGGUUCGUCAUCGCAGACUUGUACGGCGGGAAGUACAGCAACAUCGCCGCCCAGGACCCGGCAGGAAGCAGCUAUGCUAUCCGCGACUCAUUCUUCACAUUCCAGCUGUAUUCCAACAUCGACGGUGCCAAUCCUCCGGUCACCGCCUACCCCCCUUGGGGAUUCGAGUACAUGAACGAGAUGUCGCGAAGUAUAACCGAGCCGCAGCCCGAGACGAAGUUUCAAGCCUACGUGAAUUAUGUGGACCCGUCGCUCUCGCCGCAGGAGGCGCAUGAGCUUUAUUACGGCAGCAACUACCAACGGCUGAGGGAAUUGAAGGGGCGAUACGAUCCGGAGCUUUUGUUCUGGAAUCCGCAGGCUAUUGGGACUUCAUAGAGGGUAUCGUAGCAAUGUUGCGAAUUGUUUGGGAAACAUAAUGGUGAACAAUGUAACGCCUUUGACGGUUUAUCAUGAGGUUCUUCUAUGUUUUUUUUUAUUUUACGGAACCACCGGCUAUGUAGAAAUUGAAGGAAAAUGAGAAUUGACGCAUCAAAUGCCGCCAGUUUUCUCGCUGAAUUGAAAGUGUUCUCAUUGCGGAAGUGCAGAUCUC